AAUCAAUUAAUUAUUAAUAUUUUUUUACCGUUGGAGUUGCAGGCGCAGAAGGGAUGACCCCUCUGUAUGUGUGUAAGCUUUUUGGAAUUCUUAUCUAACCCAACUGUCUCCAUUCCCAUAUCUCACUCGCUUCGCAAUUCAAUUCCUUCCACUACAACAGUAAGUAAAAAAGGGUUUGCUUUCGCUCCCUCGUGCUUCGGUUAGGGUUUCUUCCUCAGAUGGAUAACGCGCGAUCGGCCAACGGCGAGGAGAAUGCGGCGGGAAUUCCGGACGAUUUGCGGUGCAAAAGGUCCGAUGGUAAGCAGUGGCGCUGCACGGCGAUGUCGAUGCCAGACAAGACCGUCUGCGAGAAGCACUACAUCCAGGCCAAGAAGCGCGCCGCCAAUUCCGCAAUGAGGGCCAACCUCAAGAAAGCGAAGAGGAAGUCGCAUUCACUGUCGUUGAACGAGUCCGAUAAUGUUUAUUUGGAGAGCAAGAGCGAUGAUUUCGACCUUCCUCUCUCCUCCAUUGGCCUCUCGCAGAAGAAGCUCUCCAAGAACGAGUUUCGCUACGAGCCUGAGCGCGACGCGCGAAGAGGCUCGUCUGCGAGACGCGCUUCGAACCUCAACGAUGAUGAUGAUGAUGAUGAUGAUGAUGUUGUCGUGGAUGUGGAUGGGGAUGGGGAUGGGGAUGCGGCGCUCUAUGAGGAAGAGAAUUGGGUCUCCUAUGAUUCCCCGCCGGAUUCUUCACGCAAGAGGUCUCGGAGGAGCUUGGAAGCUAAUGCUGAAUAUUCGGAUGGAACAUCCGGUUCGUCUGACGAGGACACCGGCGGGCAGACUUGUCACCAGUGCCGGAGGAAUGACCGCGAUCGAGUUACUUGGUGUCAACGGUGUGAUAGGAGGGGAUAUUGUGAUAGCUGUUUAUCAACAUGGUACUCGGACAUUUCAUUGGAUGAAAUUCAGAGGAUAUGUCCUGCUUGCCGGGGUAUAUGUAAUUGCAAGACUUGCUUGCGGAGUGAUAAUUCCAUUAAGGUUCGGAUACGCGAGAUACCUGUUCUUGAUAAGUUACAGUAUCUCCACGUGCUGUUGUCGUCGGUGCUUCCGGUGGUAAAGCAGAUCCACCAUGAGCAGUGUUUUGAAGUUGAACUUGAAAAGAAGUUGCGUGGUGCUGAAAUAGAUCUUCCGAGGAUAAAAUUGAACACAGAUGAGCAGAUGUGCUGCAAUUUCUGUAGGAUACCUAUUACUGAUUAUCAUCGACGCUGUCCAAGUUGCUCAUAUGAUUUGUGCCUUAAUUGCUGUCGAGAUCUUCGAGAAGCAACUGCAGAUCACAAUAAAGAACCUCAAACAGAGCAAGCAAAAACUUCUGAUCGAAAUAUAUUAAGUAAAUUUCCGCAUUGGAGAUCCAAUGACAACGGAAGUAUUCCAUGUCCCCCUAAGGAGUAUGGUGGCUGUGGUUAUUCUUCAUUAAAUUUAAGCCGAAUUUUCAAGAUGAACUGGGUUGCAAAGUUGGUCAAAAAUGUAGAGGAAAUGGUUAGUGGCUGCAGAAUUAGUAAUGCUGAUGAUCCACCGGAAACUGGGCGGAAUGAUCUCAGACUUUGCCAAUAUUCUCAUAGAGAAGCCAGUGAUGAUAAUUAUCUUUAUUGUCCAGCAUCUGAUGAUAUCAAAACUGAUGGGAUUGGCAGUUUUAGAAAGCAUUGGAAAACUGGUGAGCCCAUUAUUGUUAAGCAAGUAUUUGAUGGGUCAUCCAUUUCAAGCUGGGAUCCAAUGGUCAUAUGGAGAGGGAUUCUAGAGACAACAGAUGAGAAAGCAAAAGAUGAAAACAGGAUGGUUAAGGCCAUAGAUUGCUUAGAUGGGUCUGAGAUUGAUAUUGAGCUUGCUCAGUUCAUGAAAGGAUACUUUGAAGGGCAUAUUCUUGAAAAUGGUUGGCCGCAGUUAUUGAAAUUGAAAGAUUGGCCUUCACCUAGCGCUUCUGAAGAAUUUCUACUGUACCAAAGACCCGAGUUUAUCAGCAAACUACCUUUACUUCAGUAUAUUCACUCCAAGUGGGGCCUUCUCAAUGUUGCAGCUAAAUUGCCUCAUUACUCCUUGCAGAAUGACGUAGGACCCAAGAUAUAUAUAUCUUAUGGGAUUAGUGAUGAACUUGGUAGAGGUGAUUCAGUGACAAAUCUCCACUUCAAUAUGCGUGACAUGGUGUACCUUUUGGUUCAUACAAAUGAAGUAAAGCUGAAGAACUGGCAGAUAACUGAAAUUGAAAUGAUGCAAAAAGAUAAAGCUAAUAAGGAAUCGGAGGCAAAAGAAUCGGACAGGGAUCCUCAAAUAUCUUCAGGGGGGAGUUCACCUGAUUCCUUACUUGGUACAAAAAGUAGUGGACUGGAAAUGGACUCAAACCAGAAUAAGUCAAUCAUGGAUCAAGGGUUUGAAAUUUAUUCUAGUGCUGAAGGUAAUACGGCCAAUUGUAAACUUCCGUUCACACAAAAUGGAGAUGUCUUUGAGAAAACACAUCCUGGAGUUCUUUGGGAUGUUUUUCGCCGGCAGGAUGUUCCAAUAUUGACUAAAUAUUUGAAAAUACAUUGGAAGGAAUUUGGGAAGUCAGAUGAUCUAGGAAAUGAAUUUGUUGAAUGGCCUCUUUAUGAUGGAGCUAUUUUUCUUGACAAGCACCAUAAAAGAAAGUUGAAGGAAGAAUUUGGAGUGGAGCCUUGGUCAUUUGAACAGAAUUUGGGGGAAGCUAUAUUUGUUCCAGCUGGUUGCCCUUUCCAAGCAAGGAAUGUCCAGUCCAAUGUUCAGUUGGGCCUUGAUUUCUUAUCUCCGGAAAGCGUGGGUGAUGCUGUAAGAUUGGCAGAGGAAAUUCGCUGUCUACCUAAUGAACAUGAAGCAAAGCUUCAAGUUUUGGAGGUUGGGAAGAUAUCUCUUUAUGCAGCAAGUUCAGCCAUCAAAGAAGUUCAAAAACUUGUACUUGACCCAAAAGUUGGCGCAGAGAUUGGAUAUGGAGACCCUAAUUUGACUGCAAUGGUUUCUGAGAAUUACGAGAAGAUGGUUAAGCGGAGGCAGAUUACUUGUGCUUGAACGUCCACAUUCAGUUUGGUCAUUGAAUCCAGAAGGGGGGGGGGGGGGGGGGGUGGAUUGUGUACAAUAGUUGUAUUUGAGUAAUAUUUUAUGGGUUGGUAUUCAGGGUAGUUUUGAUCAAAUACCUAGGUAAUCAUUUAAAUGUGUAUAAUAGUUACGUUAGAGAAUCAUAUAAUAACAAAACUUCAAAUCUGUAUUUUAUUUCAAAAUGUGGAAAAGAAACAAUGUAAUAUAUACAAAGUUAAAAACUUGUUUCCGCUGCCCUUUUAGUUAAAUUAAGAAAUGCAUUGGGUUUAGAAAUGGCAACAAGCGCCGCACAUAUCACGCAACAACUUGAAAUUGGUUCUCGGUUAAGUGGACAUUCCCUAGCCAUGCAACACAAAAACAUAGCUUCGGAAACAAAGGAGUUACAAGGUCGACCUAAGAGAAGCUUUUUUCUGGGUCUUGGCUUGUGACCUUAUUUUCCACUGAAGCUUCGUUUUGAACCACUAAGUCGUGAGGCUAAAUGAAUUAGCAAUCCGAUAGAAAUCUGACUUCAGUCCUGGCCACUCUGCUUCAGGUGCUUGAGCAUUCAAAGUAAAAAGCCUACCACCACGAGCGCAGCAGACGGAAACAUUGUGCCGCCUAAACGAGGGACUCUCAACUCUGAACUCCAGUUCGUAGUAUUUGACAUUUCUAACGAAAUCCUCUCAAACUUGAUUUUAUCAAGUUGCCCUGAUCCUGUUAUGCUUCGAACCACUGCUUCACCCACCUCAUCUGGCCCCCCAAAUGCUUCAAUCCUAGUAAAAAGGUUAGGUGUACAAGUUGUCAAUCUUUCUUUUCUUAAUAAUUAGAGUAGUCUGGAGCAACAGAUGAAACAAUGAGUUCUCUCCAGUGGAACCGGGGGAUCCAAUGAUCGUUCCAUCUCUCUUUUCUUAGCAGCGUCUGAUCUCCCACCUAAUUUGCUGGGUAUGUGAUAUAUAAAGAGUUCUUUUUUCCCCUUUACUUGUAUACACUGGUUCUUAAUAAUAUAAUGAAUUUUUAAGGCGAAUUACAGAAUCCUUCCUUUGUGUCAACGCAACGGCUGUAGCCUCCAAUGGGAUAAAGCACGUCCAGCUUCAGAUUACGCCCACUUUGUGGUGGCAAACCAAGAAGAAAACUAGUGAUGCCUCUGAAAGGAUCAUCGCCGGAACAUUGUGGUAUUCGAAUUGGUUUCCAUACCCCAAACCUGGGUUGCACUGCCAUACCCAUGUGCUGUUCUAAAUAACAGGGCACUUGUCGUGCUAUAUCAUAUGGAUGCAAUUUAAUUUACGCCAUAUACUCUCUACUUUGUCACUACAUUGUGGCUCCUCAUGGGAAUGGGAUAGCUCUUAAUCUUAUCUGCUUCAUGUGGUUCUCAUUCCUUCGGGUAAUCAAGAGCCACGGCAUAAAUUAGUUUCCCACUUUGUUUUAA